UUUAACGGAAGUUACGCAGGGUUUUGUUUACCAGCACGAAUGAAAGUACCCAAAGAGUAAAUAAAAACAGACCGUCAGGAAAAUCACUUCCUGGAUCGGUAACACCGUGUCCAUAUGGCCAUAUUUUACUGAAGUACAAUGGAGGAGAAAGUCAACUCUGUGGAAAUUGUCACAAGAGAGAAGAUUGACGCGUGGAAUGUGUUCGAUUCUCACAAUCCUAAUCAGACGGUGUGUCCCCACUGCCAGAACGCCACUGUUCCCGUGGUUGUUUAUAAGAUGGGAUUCCUACCUCCUCUGCUGACCUGGUUCAUGAUCCUUACAUGUAUUUUCAUUAUUUUUGCUUGGCUUCCAUUAUUGGACAGAAGACUGAAGACCAUUAUACACUACUGUCCUAUCUGUAAUCGUGAAAUUCGACGUCUUACCAGGAUGUGACAUAUCCAGCUUCUAGAUCUGCCUGUUUUAUGCUACACUAUGUGUCAAAGACUCUAUGAUGUCAGACUGCAGCAGUGAUAUUCUAAUGUAUGACCACUAUCUAAGAAUCCCUUGUUUUAAUUGUUAAAAUGUCAAGUUUAAUUUCCUGACCAUUUGCUUUAUAGUAUCCGUUCACGUACAUGUAAAGCAUAUCGAUAUGUAUCAUAAGACCCGUGUUUUGUAUUGUAGUUUUGUUUCUCUUCCUUGUUAUCCAGUUUACCUCAUCACCCAACUUACAUUUAAAGCACUGCAUUGGCUGAAACCUUGUAAAAACCUUGAUUAUUGUCAUCAUAAUAAUCACCAGUAUAUCUAUUGAUAUUUUUGGCAAUACUUGCUAUUGCUUUUGUUCUUCUAUGUUCAUGUAUUUAUAUUAUUAUAAAAUUAUAAAUAUUGUAUGGUCAUUGAAAUCUUAUAUAUGGGAGAGGAAUAUCUAAGUUUUGGAACUUGUGUCCAAUCCCUUUGACAUAUUGUCAAUAAAAUACAUACAAAACAAAUACCGGUAAAUCGGAAGCCUUAGUGCGUUCAUGUGUCUAUUAACCUGAAGCACAAUUUUGUUGUAAUAAAUUUAUUUUUUAUGAUGAUAA